AUUUUACUUCUGCUGUACCUUUGCAGGCUUGUAUACACUGAUGGCAGAAGGCUUCAAACUAGGAUCAAAAAGGAACAGACAAAGAUUUCAAUCUACAUCAUUGGAGAUGAUGCCACGUAGAAAGAGAAAGCCAGACACCACUUCAGUCAAUGAACAAACAGUACCAAGCACUGCUGUUCACAGUUAUUUUCACGAGCGCCUUCCCUCUGAAGUCCUCCAGUAUAUCUUCUCGUUUCUCAGAGAGAGGGACCUGGUAAGCAUCAGUCAAACCUGCAGGCGCUUCAAUCAAAUCGCUUCAACUGAGAAACUAUGGAAGGACUUGUUUCAGCGCGUUUAUGAAAUGGAGUCGCCAUUCGUACCUCCUUCACCAGAGAACUGUCACUGUCCUAGCAUGCAUGUGGAGGAUGGACUAUCAUGGAAGACAAAUUUCUCAAUGAUGUAUGGUUGCUCUCAUGUCUAUCCAAAACUAGCCUCACUCCCUCCCACUCAUCCUCUCAGAGCUGAAGCACCAGCUGUAAAAUAUUAUUCAACAGUUACUGAAGCAGUUGAGGAUGCUCCUCCUUGUGGACGAAUCCUUGUCCAUCCUGGUGUAUAUAACGAGUCAUUUGUACUUGAUAGACCACUGAGUUUAAUAGGAGCCGGCCCAGAGCGUGUCCUACUUGUCAGUACCACACAGACUGUCAUCGAGGUGACGCCACAUGUCAAACAUGUGCAAGUCUCAAACAUGGAGAUAAAGUUUGAUGCACCGGAUGAUACUCCUAAUCUCAGACAAUACUGUAUUGAUAUACCCCACGGGUCCCAGCCAAUACUGCACAACUGCCACUUUACCAACACAUCAUUCUGUGGUUCCUGUAUAUAUGCUCAUGGUGAUGAUGCCUAUCCACUGGUUACUAACUGUACUGUAGCUAAUGCUAACAACGUUGGCAUCUUUGUUGAUGAUCAUGCCAAAGGUCGGUUUGAAGAUAACGAUAUUCAUAACAACAAACUCGCCGGCGUCUGGAUCAAGAACUUUGCUUCUCCAAUCUUCACUCGUAACGUGGUCCAUCACGGGCGAGACGUUGGGUUCUUUAUCUUUCAAGAUGGACGAGGUGUACUUGACAGUAAUGAUAUCCACAGUAACAGAAUUGCUGGCAUUGAGAUUAAAAAUGAAGCCAACCCAAUCAUAAGACGGUGUUCAAUACAUCAUGGAUCAACUGGUGGAGUGUAUGUACAUGAUAGGGGUCGUGGGCAAUUCAUUGAGAACAGGAUCUUUGCCAAUACUUAUGCUGGAGUUUGGAUUACAAGUGAAAGCAACCCAACGCUAAAAGACAACGAAAUAUUCUCAGGACUACAGGGAGGAGUGUACUUCUUUGGAGGAGGUAGAGGCAUACUGGAAAACAAUGAUAUACACAGUAACACACUGGCCGGAGUGCAGAUAAGGACUGGGAGUGACCCUAUCAUUAAGAACAAUCAGAUUCAUCAUGGACUCCAUGGCGGAAUAUAUGUGCAUGAUAACGGACGAGGUCUCAUUGAAGGAAAUGAAAUACACUCAAAUGCUUUGGCAGGAGUGUGGAUCACAACAGGGAGCCAGCCAACACUGAGACACAACAGAAUACACAGCGGUAAACAGGUUGGGAUAUACUUCUAUGACAAUGGGAGAGGAGUACUGGAGGAGAAUGAUAUAUACAAUCAUUCCUUUUCAGGAAUACAGAUAAGGACUGGUAGCAAUCCCACUAUUAGAAAAAAUAAGAUAUUUGGCGGUAAAAAUGGUGGAGUCUUGAUUUAUAAUUCAGGUGAAGGUGUACUAGAAGAGAAUGACAUAUAUGGGAAUGCUUUGGCUGGCGUUUGGAUCAAAACUGAUAGUAACCCGAUACUCAGACGCAAUAAUAUUUACAACGGAAAAGAAGGCGGAGUCUGCAUAUUUAAUAAUGGGCGUGGUGUUCUUGAAGACAACGACAUUUUCAAUAAUAAGCUCACAGGUGUCCUAAUAUCAUCUAACAGUCAACCAGUUCUAAGCCACAACAGAAUAUUUGGCGGGAAAGCUGCCGGGAUCGAGGUGACUAAUGGAGGGGGCGGAGUCAUUAAAGACAACGAGGUCUUUGAUAACGAUUAUGAUGGAAUCUGCCUAGCGACUGGAGUGUCACCCAUUCUUCAAGGUAAUACAGAAUACAAUAACAGGCAGACGUUGGAUGAUGCUGUUCAAAGAGGAAAAUGCCUUUACUCAAUUUCAGGAGACAAUUCAUUCCCAAUGCAUGAUUUUUACAGGUGUUUGACUUGCAGUCAGAAUGAAAGUGGUGUGAUUUGCAUCAGCUGCAUCAAGCAAUGCCACAAAGAUCACAAUGUACAGUUUGUCAGACAUGACAGGUUCUUUUGUGAUUGUGGUGCAGGUGCUCUUAAAUGCGACUGCAAUCUCACUGGAUACAAAGCAUUCUCGUCUCCUAAAGUCAAUGGGCUUGGCUCCACUGGACCAGCUGCCAUUCAAACAGUUCAAGUCCAGCAGCAUCAAGGAGAAAGCAGUAGCUCCCAGCAGCAACAGAUCCAGCAGCCGUCCCUGGCACCUCACGCUCACCAAAUCAUUGACACUUCGACAUCUUGAUUAUGCUAUCGGUCAUUCAUUUAUCAUCUCUAUUCAUUACAGCAUGCAUGUAAAAAUCUAAUAAAUAAAAGAGCUCUGUACCUAAAUCACCCACUUGAUCAGACACUUUAAUUUUUAGCAAUAGUAUAAUACCUCUUCCUCCCCCAAAGACUAUUCCUAUUUAUCAGAAAAUCAACUAACACACACACUCUCUCUCUCUCUUUAUCUUCUAACAUUGAUUCAACUACCUAUUAUCACAUUUUCUUCUCUUAACUGUAUCAUAAAAUAUACUCUUUUUUCUUUCAUUUAUUAUUUUCGUUAUCACAGGAAACUUCAUUAUCAUUAUCAUUAUUGUACGUACCACCAUUAUAAUUAUUAAUUUUUCAAGAGUCAACUAAAAUUUAUCCUCCCUUAUAAAAUUG